AUGGGCUUCGCCAACCGCCACAAUGUGGACGGCCCCCACAGCCGCAGCAGCAGCGUCGCGUCCUCCGGCACGACCCCCGCGGCCAGCACGAGCAGCAGCACCCGCGACGACGGGAGUGGCCGGCCCGGACAGUCCCCGGCGCGCGCGCCGGGCCACACGCUAGAGGCGCCGUCCCGGAAGCACCGGUCCGGGCGCAGCUCCUCACGUUCCGCGCGGCUGUUCCAGAAGCUGCGCAGCGCGCUCCCCGUCCUGGCGCCCCGGUGCGGGAAGACGCCGUCCGGGUCGGCGCGCGAGAUCGCGGUGGCGGCGGCGUCAACCUCCUCGGGCGCCGCCGACACCCACCUUCUGUCUCACGUCGCCUCGUUCUCGUCGGGCGGCGGACGGCCAUGCCGGCGCGUGACGGGCACGCUGUUCGGGCGGCGCAAGGGCCGCGUCGCGCUGGCGCUGCAGGAGUCGCCCCGGUGCCUGCCGAGCCUGGUGGUGGAGCUGGCGCUCCAGACGCACGCGCUGCUCCGCGAGCUCGGCAACCCCGCGGGCGCGCGCAUCGUGCUGGAGACGGAGCGCCGCGCGUCGUCCGGACCAGGCGCCAGCGAGGGCUCGGCGGGCCGGCCGCCGAGGCGCCCGGCGCCGCUGCUGGACGAGGCGGCGUGGACCAUGUUCUGCAACGGGAAGAAGACCGGGUACGCGGUGCGGCGGGAGGCGACGGGCGACGACCUCACGGUGAUGGAGACGCUGCGGGCGGUGUCCAUGGGCGCGGGCGUGCUCCCGCCAGCGGAGGGCUCGUCGCCGGACGACGAGGUGGCGUACAUGCGUGGCUGCUUCGAGCACUUCGUCGGCUCCCGGGACUCGGAGUCGCUCUACAUGGUGGCGCCCCAGGGCGGCGGCACCGGCCCGGAGCUGGCCGUCUUCUUCGUCAGGCUCUGA